AUGGAAAAUAAUUAAGAAGGAAAUAAUCAUAAUGAAACUGAAGAAGAACAUUAAGAAAAUGAACUUUAAGAAACUGAAAAAAAUGGUUAAUAAUAAAAUACCAACCCUAGGCCAUAAGAAAAUUCCCCUUAAAAAUAAAAUAGGGAGUAGCAAAAUUAUAAAUAGCAAUAAGAAAGUAAUCCUGAAGUCGAAGAGUAAUAUGAUGAGGAGGAUAUCGAUGCUAGUUCAUUUACUCCUAGAAUGAAAGAUGCAUGCAAAAGGGAAGGAUUUAAGAAGGAGGACUUAAUAUAGAAAGGCAAAGACCUGAUUAGAUUUAUGCUGAAAUAAAAAGAUCCAUCAGGCUAAUUGGCAAACGAGGAUGUUAUAUCAAUGGUAUUCGAUCAUUUUGAGGAAAAACGCCGACAGAAGAUAUAAGUUGUACGUCAGAUGAGACAAAAAAUCUUGUAGGAGGAAUCGCAAGGACUAUGGCCAAGUCAGAUGUCUAACUCUAGUGUCUUCAGGAGCACUUCAUCUUUAGCUGAAAAACGAGAGAAACUGUUGAACAGUAUUCGCAAAAGGUAAGAAUUAGAAAUAGAAAAAAUAAUUAAUUCAGAAUGGAAAAUGGAGGAGCUGGCUAGAAAUAAUGUUGAAAAAGAAAAAAGAAUUCAAGAAAAAGAGAAAUAGAGAGAAUUGAAAGUCUAAUGGUUAAAAGAGCAAGCAGAAAAAAAGAGAUUAUAACAAGAAGAGGAAAGAAGAAAGAAGGAGGAAGAAGAAAAGAGAAUUUAAUUAGAAUUGGAAGAGCAAUACAGAAUUAAAGAUUAAAAAAGGAAAUAGAGAGAAGAAGAAUUAGAGAGAAGGAGAAAGGAGGAAAAUAAAUUAAAAGAAGAAUAAAGAAUAGAAAAAUAAAAAAAAAUUUAAUAAGAUAGAGAAUAAUUCUUAUAACGUUAAUAAGAAGUUUAAGAUAUUAGAUUAAAAGAGUUAUAAGAUAAAGAUUUAAGAAGGUCAUAAAAAUUUGAAGAUGAAAGAAUCAAAAGGAUGGAGAAAGCAGAAUAAGAGAGAUUGGAAUAAGAGGCUAAAUUAGAAUAGGUUAGAAAAUUAAAUGAAGAAUAAUUAAAUAAAAAGAGAUUAGAUUAUGAAGAGAAACAAAAAUUUGUUGAGUAAUAAAGACAAUUAUUUGAAUCUUAAUAAUAAGAAUAUAAAAAAUAGAAAGAGAAGGAAGGAGAAAUGAAAUAAGAAGAAAUAAACAAGGUUAUUAAAUAAAAUGAAGAAUAAAUGAGAAAAAAAGUCUUGGAUUAUGAAAAAAAACAAUAAGAAUUGUAAUUAAAAAAGAAAAAGUUAGAAGAAGAAUAAAAAUUCUUAUAAAUAGAGAAAUAGAAACAAUAUUACUAGAAAGAAAGAAAGAUUCAAGAUGUCUUAAUUAGAAAUGAAUAAUAGGCUGAAUAACACAAAAAAGAAUUACUAAAAAAAUUAGAUUAAGCUAAAGUUAAAUGUGAGAAAAUUGAAAAAGAGAAAUAAGAAGAAUUAACAAGAAAAUUAGCAUUUGCUUUUAUUAAAGAAUUAGAUAAAUAAGAUAAUUUACAAAGACGUGAAUAAUUAGAUGAACUCAGAAAAGAAUAACUGGAGUAAAGAAUCAAGCAAGAUUUAAUUAAAAGCUAGUAAAUUUAACUGGAGAAAGAACAUUUAAUUAAGAUGAGUGAAUAAUUAAGAAAAGAAGCAGAAGAAAAGAGGCAAUAAUAACUGUUAGAAAUAGAAAAAGAAAAAAAGAAGAAACAUUCAAUGAAUUCUCACCGAAUCGUAACUGAUAUGAGUAAAUCUAAAUUAUCGAAUCGUGGAGGUGAAGAAUGA